AUGGCUCCCAUCACGGAAGAGACUGUCGCCGGUCUGAAGGACACCAUCCACAAGCUUGAGUCUCGGAUCGAGGAAUUGGAAGACCGUCUCAACAAUGGAGGCAAGCCCAAGUCUAUUGCGGAGCAGAUGCGCAUUAUCUUGAUGGGACCUCCUGGCGCAGGCAAGGGUACGCAGGCUCCUCGCCUCAAGGAGAAGUACUGCGUCUGUCACUUGGCUACUGGAGACAUGUUGCGAUCUCAGGUCGCUAAGAAGACUGAGCUGGGAAAAGAGGCCAAGAAGAUCAUGGACCAGGGCGGCCUGGUCAGUGAUGAGAUCAUGGUCAAUAUGAUUAAGAGCGAACUGGAAAACAACGCCGAGUGCAAGAAUGGUUUCAUUCUUGAUGGUUUCCCUCGUACUGUUGCUCAAGCCCAGCGCUUGGAUGACAUGUUGGAUGCCCGUAGGCAGAAGCUUCAGCACGCCGUUGAGCUGCAGAUUGACGAUGCCCUAUUGGUUGCGCGAAUCACUGGACGUUUGGUCCACCCUGCCUCCGGACGGUCGUAUCACAAGAUCUUCAACCCCCCCAAGGCGGAAAUGAAGGAUGAUAUUACUGGCGAACCCCUUAUCCAGCGUUCUGACGACAAUGCCGAUACGCUGAAGAAGCGCCUUGGCACGUACCAUGUCCAAACCGCCCCCGUAGUCGAGUACUACAAGAAGACCGGUAUCUGGCGGGGCAUUGAUGCCAGCCAGGAGCCCGGUCAGGUAUGGAAGAGUCUUCUGGGUGUUUUCCAGAAGAACUAA